UCUUAUAUUCAAAUUUCAAACUAUUCACUAAUAACUAAUCUGUGAAUAUAACCUAAAGAAAUGAGGACAUUAUGUUAUCAAUGGAAUUAAAAACAAUUUCUUUAAAAGUUAAAUGGUCCAUUUUUUUAAUAGGUAAAUUGGCAAUGUACAAUAAAAAUAGGAAAACCUAUAGACUAUUAUUAUUCUAAGCAAUGUAUUUACUUAACUUAAUAUAAUAUAAACGAAAAAUAAUGUGUUCUAUAAAGGCGUACAACUGUACAAAUUUUAUUUUAGUAAUUGUUUUUGCAUUGCUAAAUAUAAAGCCAGUUUUACCUGGAGCAAAUGAUUUGCAUUUUCAUGAUGGAUCGUCGUCGGCUGAUGUCAUAGCCGGAGAUAUAUUUUUUGAGAUACUAGAUCCGCAAGAAUUGCGUUAUUCAUAUAGAAUACGACCUGCCAAAGAUUUUGGUGCAACUUUUAAUGGCAGCUUUCACAUGACGAAGGCAAGAUUAGUACCAACUGUACCUAUAAACAGUUGUUCUGAUCUUCACAAUCAAGAAGACAUCUCUGGAAAUAUUGCUUUAGCUGAGAGAGGUGAUUGCUCGUUUGUUUUUAAAACUGCCAAGGCUCAGCAAGCAGGUGCAAGGGCUAUUAUUAUAACAGAGUCUGUUAACAAAUGGGAUGACGCAUUGGAUCAUCUAAUAGAAAUGGUGGAUGAUAAAAUGGACAUAGAUGUCAAUAUACCAGCAGCUUUUCUAUUAGGCCGUAAUGGAGCUACCAUUUUAAGAACACUUAAAAAGUUACAUAUGAAGUAUGCUAUAAUAAACCUGCCAGUUAACAUGACUUAUGUUCCAAUAAAUAAAAUGAACCAACCACCCUGGAUAACAUGGUAAAUUUGAUGUAAUUAAUUUAAAUAAAUUUUAUCUUUAUUUAGUAUAUACUGUAUAUGUUGCAGUCAACUAACUUAAUUAGCUGUUCAAUCAACAGCCUAGACUCUUAACUAAACAGUGCCGUUACUAGCGGCCUGAAAGAUAUUCAGCCAGUUUAUCAAGCAGCUAGGCAAAUUACUUGGAUCAAUGAUGAAUUAUAACUUGCAUAGCCUGUUGACUGUUAAUUUAAAUUUAGUUCCACUUUCUGCCACUCUCAAACUCGAAACGAAACUUUUCAAAUGGCAAACCACAACUUUGAUGGUGUUUUCUAAAGGUUUAAUGUACAACCACAAGUACUAUGGAAGAGUGUAGUGACAAUUAUAAAAUGAAUUUAGUGAAGAAAUAUUUUUUAUAUCAGAUAUUUCAUCUCUUUUAUUUCUGGUCACUCUAUUGUAUGAUUGGCCUAAGCAUUAGCCAGCCAGCCAUAUUUAAUGUUGUUACAAAUGCUACAGCUAAAUAUCUGUCAGGCCGCUAGUCAAACAGCGCUGUUUAUUUAAAAGGCUAGGCUGUUUAUUGAAUGGCUUAUUAUACUGCAACAUAUACUUUUAAAAAAAAUUACACUUCUUCAUCAACUUGAUUCAAGGUUCAGAACAUGAUUAAUAAAAUAUGAAUAUCAAUAGAUGUCUGAAGGAAAUAGGCACUUGUCACAAUAUUUGAUGCUUGAAUUUUUGCUCACUUUUUAUUUAUUUUCUAUGGACAAUAAGCUAAAAAUAAAAGUUUGUUGACAUUCUACAUUAAAGGUGUUUAUUAUUUUAAUUAUUUUCUAUCAUUAACAUAUAACAACUAGAAUCUCAUAUAUAAACUCUUUUUAAUUUAUCUAUAGAUAAUGGUACAACCAUACAAGUUGUAUGAUUGAACCAUAUCUUCGAAAACUCAAUGAAAACAUUUAAAUAGAAUGAAAAUCAAAGGUUAAAUUUCCAUUGAGAGUUGUUUGUUAAUUUUAACUUAAAAUAUGACUUAACGAUGGACAAAUAACAGCUAUAAAUAUAAGUGAAGUUUGCAAUAACGAUAUUAUUUUAAUUAUUAUAUUUAUGUGUAUGUUAAAAUUGACUUGAAUUUAAAAUGUUUCUGGGAUUGGGUACCCUAGAAAUUCUAGUCCUGUCAAUUUAUGUAUAAUCUAAAGUUCAUAUAAUAAUAUGGUUUUAUGUAAAUGACCCUUUAAGUAAACAACUUUACAGUCUUACAAUGAUGUUUUAGCAGUUAAAAUAAGACGUAAAUGCAUUAAGUGAACUAAAUAUGGAAUUUUCAAAUAGGAUCUAUUUGGAUAACAUUCUAUUAUGUGCCUUGUACGGCUGUAAAAUAUUAUUACAAUAUAUUAUUUGUGUGAAGUAUAAUUUAUUAUGUUAAAACAUUCCCUUUAUUGUAUAUAAUGUGUGGUUUGUUAAUAUAAAUUGUUUGAAACGUU